AUGAAGUCCGCCUGGUAUCUCGCGGCGACCGCCAUCGCCGCGGCAGCUUCUCCGCACCCCGCAUAUGGGCAGCAACAGCCCUUGGACGCACUCUCGUCCUCCCAGCCCAACCACCUCGGUAGCAGCCAGAGAGACAUUGACCACAUCAUCAAUGACUCCCCUCUGCUGUCCUUCCACCGCGAUCUUGUCAGCAUCGAGUCCAUCUCCGGCAACGAGCACGAUGUCGGCAUCUUUGUCGCCCGGUUCCUCGAGGCCCGCAACUUCACCGUGAUAAAGCAGGAGGUGCCUCCCGUGGAAAAGAACCAGACCAACACCCCCAAGCCCCGGUACAACAUCUACGCAUACCCAGCCUCACGCUCGGAGCCGCCGUCCAUCCUCCUCACCAGCCACAUCGACACCGUCCCACCCUUCAUCCCAUACUCGGCGUCCCAAGACUCCCAAAAGUCCAAUGACCCAGAAAACCCUGUCCUGGCAGGCCGCGGCAGCGUCGACGCCAAGGGCAGCGUCGCAGCCCAGAUCUUCGCCGCACUGGACACCCUACACGAGCACCCCGCCGCCCCGCUAGGCCUGCUCUUCGUCGUGGGCGAGGAGAUCGGCGGCGACGGCAUGAAGACGUUCUCAGACUCGGCCCUCAAUACGCGUAGCGCCUUCGACACCAUCGUCUUCGGCGAGCCUACCGAGGCCGCCCUCGUCGCCGGCCACAAGGGCAUGGUCGGCUUCCAGGUCCUCGUCCACGGCAAGGCCGCCCACUCCGGCUACCCGUGGCUGGGGCAUAGCGCCGUGUCCGCGCUGCUGCCGGCGUUGGCCCGCGUCGAUGUCCUCGGCAAUAUCCCCGCCAAUCUGGGCGGCUUACCUUCCUCUCCCAAGUACGGGCCUACUACCCUGAACAUUGGCGUCGUGCGCGCCGGCGUCGCAACGAAUGUCGUCCCGGCUGCGGCCAUGGCUGAUGUCGCUGUGCGGCUUGCGGCCGGCACACCCGACGAGGCACGGGGAAUUAUCAGCCGUGCUGUCGCCGAUGCCACGCACGAUGUCGAUGCCGACGUCGUCGUCGAUUUCACUUCGCAUCGCGAGUCCUACCCGCCCCAGGACAUGAACACCGACGUCGAGGGCUUCGAUGUCAUUACCGUCAACUACGGUACCGACGUGCCCAACCUCAGCGUCCGCCCGGGCGUCAAGCGUUACUUGUAUGGUCCGGGGAGUAUCUUUGUUGCCCAUGGUGACCACGAGGCUCUCACCUCGCGCGAGAUCCAGGAUGCCGUGGUUGGAUAUAAGAAAUUGAUUGAUUCUGCGCUCGCUAGACAAAGCAGUGCGUAG